CAAACCAAACUCUUUCAUUUCCUUGCAAGAUGAACGAAAGGAGCCAUGACUGAGACUCUGGACAGUCCAGCCAAUGAUUCAGAUUUCCUGGAUUACAUUGCUGCUUUCGGGAACUGCACAGAUGAGCAGAUCUCAUUCAAGAUGCAGUACCUUCCCGUCAUCUACAGCAUCAUCUUUCUCGUGGCCUUCCCGGGGAACACAGUGGCCAUCUCCAUCUACAUUUUCAAGAUGCGGCCGUGGAAGAGCAGCACCAUCAUCAUGCUGAACUUGGCCUUGACGGACUUGCUGUAUCUGACCAGCCUCCCUUUCCUCAUCCAUUAUUAUGCGAGUGGUGAGAACUGGAUCUUCGGGGAUUUCAUGUGCAAGUUCAUCCGAUUUGGCUUCCACUUCAACCUCUACAGCAGCAUCCUCUUCCUCACCUGCUUCAGUGUCUUCCGUUACGUCGUGAUCAUUCACCCGAUGAGCUGUUUUUCUAUUCAGAAGACUCGAUGGGCAGUGGUGGCCUGUGCUGGGGUGUGGGUAGUUUCCUUGGUAGCCGUCAUGCCCAUGACUUUCCUGAUCACAUCAACCACCAGGACCAAUAGGUCUGCUUGCCUUGACCUCACCAGUUCGGAUGACCUCACUACUAUCAAAUGGUACAAUCUCAUUUUGACGGCCACCACUUUCUGCCUGCCCUUGGUGAUAGUGACACUUUGCUAUACGACGAUUAUCAGCACCCUGACUCACGGGCCUCGGACCCACAGUUGCUUUAAGCAGAAGGCUCGGAGGCUGACUAUUUUGCUCCUUCUCGUGUUCUAUAUAUGUUUCUUACCCUUCCACAUCUUAAGGGUCAUUCGGAUCGAAUCUCGCCUGCUUUCAAUCAGCUGCUCCAUUGAGAGUCACAUCCAUGAAGCUUACAUUGUUUCCAGACCAUUAGCUGCCCUCAACACCUUUGGCAACCUGCUGUUAUAUGUCGUGGUCAGCAAUAACUUCCAGCAGGCAUUCUGUUCCAUACUGAGAUGCAAAGCCAGCGGGGACCUUGAACAAGCAAAGAAAGGUAGUUGCUCAAACAACCCUUGAGU